CAAGAAAGCGUGGCGGUAAAAGUAUCCGUACAAUCUAGAUACUCUCACAUAAUGUCGGAACCCUCUACAUUAGCUACACUGACCCACCUGCCCUUCCCCACCACCGACCCCACUCAUUUCGUCCACAUAAUCUCCAACCUCCUCUCUCUUUCAGAAUGCAACUCCAUAAUUGCCUCACACACAGACCUCUCUCCCUCAAAUCUAACCUACGGCACGAUCCGCACCCGAGAACAAUUCUUUGACCGCCCACUCGCAAACCGUCUCUGGUCCCGCAUCAGCAAAUUCUAUGCUGGGACCCGAAUUCAGGACGAAGAUGGCUAUUGGUGGGUUGCAAAGGGUCUGAAUCCCGAUUUGAGACUAUCGAAAUACGAAAAAGACGGCAAAUUCACGGCGCAUUUCGACUACCCCCGUUCUCUUUCCCUCAACGAACAAACCUUCCUAUCGCUAAACAUCUAUCUGAACACUGUCCCCUCCUCGCUCGGUGGCUCGACCCGUAUUUUGCGGCACGAGGCUACGAAGGGCGAUUAUUGGAAUGGGAUAGAUGGGUUGGAGGUGUUGGCGCGGAUCCAGCCGGUACAGGGAUGCGCGAGCGUGUUUCGGGAUACGGUGUGGCAUGAUGGGGAUAAGUUGCUGGGCGGGGAGAAGUUUUUGUUAAGAAGUGAUGUGGUGUUUGAGAGGGAGGAGGCGUUUGAUUUUGAUAAGAUGUAUGAGGAGGAAGAGAAGAGGGAGAGGGCGGAGAAGCUGGUUGAGCGGGAAAAGUUCGUGGAAGCGGAUGAGAGGGCUAGAGAGAUUGAUCCGGGAAAUGGUGGAUGAAGGGCCGAUGAAUUCAAGUGGAGUAUAGUGAAAGGCGAACCUGGUCAAGAGACCGUGGAAAAGGACAUGUAAUUAACCCUUCCUAGUAUACAACUCUUCAUGUAGGCACAAGUCCGAAUAAGCACCAAAAA